UGGGAUAUUCUGCAGUUGCUCUUAAUCAUGUCAUCGAUUUUAAAGAGAAGAAACAGGAAAUUGUCAAGCCAGUAUGUCCUUCAGAAUUGUUUCCAUCUUUGCCUAUUGUACAAGGGACAUCUAAAAGAAUUAAAGUCUUAACCCGGCUAACGCUUGUUGUUUCUGAUCCUUCCCACUGUAAUCUCUUGAGAUCAACAUCUGCAAAUAUAAGGUUAUAUGACAUCAUAGCAGUGUUUCCGAAGACUGAGAAACUGUUCCAUAUUGCUUGCACAACUCUAGAUGUGGAUCUGGUGUGCAUAAAUGUAACAGAAAAGCUGCCGUUCUACUUCCGAAGGCCCCCUGUGAAUAUGGCAAUAGAUCGAGGCAUUUACUUUGAACUUCUUUACACGCCUGCCAUCAAAGACUCCACAAUGAGAAGAUACACAAUUUCAAAUGCCAUCAGCCUGAUGCAGAUCUGCAAAGGAAAGAACAUUGUUAUAUCUAGUGCAGCUGAAAGGCCUCUAGAACUACGAGGUCCUUACGAUGUGGCUAAUCUAGGUUUGCUGUUUGGCCUGUCAGAAAGCGAAGCCAAGGCAGCUGUGUCUACCAACUGCAGAGCCACCAUCCUUCAUGGAGAAACUCGGAAGAGUGCCUGUGGGGUAGUGUACACGGUGAAGAAGCCUCGCAAGGUUGAGGAGGAAGAAACAACACUGCCAGCUUGCAAAAAAGCUAAGACUCAAGCUUGAGGACUGAAGCAACUGUCAACAGGAGCCUCCAUCCCAUCUUUACUCACUGCUGAGUCUUUCCCCACCCACAAUCCAGCUCAGUUCCUCCCUUACUCCUUUAUUUAGCCUGGAGAGGAAUUAUUCUUCCGGUGCUCAAGUGGGGAAAGCUGUGGGAACGUGUCUGCUGAACGGCAGUUCACUAUGUAUGAAAAGUCAUGCUGGGCUUCUGGCCAAGGUCAGGAGACUGUCUCUCUCUCCACCCUGUCUUAGGUCUUCUGGAGUUAGUGCAAACUCAACACAAUGUUUCUAACAUAGGAAAUUUUCAGUUGUACAAGUGCAUUC